AUGGAUGCAGAGAGCUGGAUUGAACGAUUGGAGCAGAUCUUCGAGGCACUUUAUUGCACAAACGAUCAGAAGGUGACUUAUGCUGCUUUCAACUUAACAGAUGCGGCAAACAAGUGGUGGAAGUCAACACGAGCACUGUUGCAGAUUGAACUAGGAGAUGGAGUCCCUGUUACAUGGGAUUGUUUUAGGAAGAUAUUUUUGGAGCGUUUCUUUCCUCAGACGCUUCGCGAGUCUAGGGCCCGUCAGUUUACAGAUCUUACCCAGGGAACAAUGACAGUAGACCAAUACGCUACCAAAUUCAUGGAAUUGUCCCGUUUUGUCAGUUACUUAAUUCCAGAUGAGGAAAAGAAAGCUGAAAAGUUUGAGCGCGGUCUAAAUCGUAGAAUUAGGGAGCGUGUAAGUACUAUCAGGAUUCGGAGUUUCACGGAACUAGUCACCCGUGUUACCAUUGCUGAAGAAGACAUUCAAGAAAGUAUCGACUACAAUAAUCAAAGGAAGCGGCAGCAGCAGCAGCAACUCCAACCAGCAUCACAUAGGGAUAAGAGGCCUUUUCAGGAUAACGGACAACGCCCACAACAGGGUCAGUCAGGAUGGCUCCCCGUGUGUGAGAAGUGUAGUAAGAGGCAUGCAGGAAAAUGUUUGAUGGGGACCGGAACAUGUUUCAAGUGUGGGAAGGAAGGACAUCAUCUUCGAGACUGUCCUGGGAAGAACAUAGCUACUAGUCAAGCUACAAGAGACUGA